CAGAGCCGGGGUUCUGCUGCUGUACGGACAGUAGGACCUGUCAGGACAUUGAAAUUUUGUCAAACAGCUGGGUUGAGGUGGGUCAGUCAGCAGGAAAAAGCCCACGUUAGAUUAGAAUCGGACCGACAGAGCGUCCCGUUACCGGAGCAGUGUCCUGUCUCAUUGAUUCAAAGGGGGAUGAAUGCUGACACAUCCACGCAGUCAGCGAAGGCACCGGGCUCGCAGGAGGGCAAGCUGAAGAGCGGGGCAGAGUGAUGCGUUUAGGGGGGACGGGGGGCACUUUGUUUCUACUCUGAAACUUGACAGCGGCAGCGGCAGCAGCAGAGGUGGGGGGGCUGGACACCUGGACCACAUUUGGAUAACAUGUCUCUGCUCAAACAGCGAGGGAGAGAGCUCGAGCGUUUCGACGGACUGUCGCUCAUUUACUGAAGUUACCCGAGCUCUGGGACUACUUUCUGAUCUACGUCUCAGGAGCCUUAGAGUUUAAUCCUGACAGUGAAGACGUAGACCUGGGACUGUUUCCACUCAGGAUGAACCCCACCAUUAAGUCCAGGACACUAAUGGGUCCAUACGGAGUAGAUCGAGCUGUUCAUUCUAUGGAGUUUACAGACUGUGAGAAUGGCUUGGGAAUUAAGGUGAUCGGUGGUGUGAAGGAGUUGACUGGAGAGGAGUUUGGAGUCUACGUCAAACGGAUUUUACCUGGUGGCCUUGCUUCAAGCGAUGGAAACCUAAUGCCAGGGGACCAGAUCUUGGAGGUGAACGGGGACAGUCUUGUUGGAGUCACAAGUGAAAGAGCUGUGGACGUCUUGAGAGCAGCUUCGGCAACCAAUCACAUGCGCCUUCUCAUAGCGAGAGAUGAGGAAGCAAAAAAAGAAUUCGCUGAGUUGUUGGAGAAGUAUGGAUCCAAUGGUAGCACAGGAUCGACACGCAACUCUCCCAUCCAGCAAGGAGGCCGCUACCUGGAUAGUACAUCAUCUGGUUCUUCAUCUCGCUCCCAGAGUCCUUUGUUGUUGAGCCCAGCAGGCUCUCAGAAUAUGUACAACAACAGUGGGCCCAUGCUGCGCUCCCUCAGUCAUCCAGGUGAAGGAGUGAUUCAGCUCAUUUCAGUGGCACGAUCCAGCAGUUUGGGCAUCACCAUCGGUGGAGGUUCCAACAGGCCUGAUGGCCCUGCGGUCUUCAUCCAGGAGGUGUUGUCUGGAGGAGACUGUCACCGGGAUGGACGCCUGAGGCCUGGAGAUCAACUCAUUGCCAUCAACAAAGAGUCAUUAAUAGGUGUGACCUACGAAGAGGCUAAAAGCAUGCUGAACAAAGUCAAAUUCAGUCAAGACAGUGCAGUGGAGAUAGCCUUCAUUCCAGGGAAAGGACUUUUUCCAAGCAGCACAUCUCUCCACAACGGGAUUCAGCGAGCCACAGGCAACAACCACAACUCUGGGCGCUUAAAAGUCCACAUCAGAUCACCUGAGAUCUGUACAGAGGAGCCUGCCCCAGUGUCCUCAUCUUCUCCUGACAUCUGCCCACCAGAUAUUCAUAUUUCAGGUUCAACGAGCCAGAGGUCGCCAACAGGGACCAAACCUAAGAUAACUCUGGAUCCCUACAUACGGCUCAAAUCAGACAAAUUAGACUUGGCUUUGUCCUUCCUCGGCUUGGAUGUCACAGAGGAGAAGAGGAAGAAGCUGAGACAGAGUCUGACCACAGACCCACAAGGCACUGUGGCCUAUGGAGACUUCGUGGAGGCCACCAGGAGCAUCUUCCAGGAGAACCUGGAGGAGCUGGGUUUGGGGGCGGGUCCCUUCAUGUUCUCCUAUCACGAAGCAGCCAGUUUGAUGGACACGUCGGCCUUCCACUCCCCAACAUAUGAAUCAGAAUGCAGCUACAGCAGUGAGGAGAUGGAGCAGUUUCAGACAGAGGUGAAGCAGCUGCAAACCCAGAUGAAGCAGCUCAAGGUGAUGCUAAAGGACAUGGAGCACAGCAAGAAAACUCUGGAGGAGGAGCUGCAGAAGACGUCAGAGAAAGCAUGUCUGACUGUGGAGGAGAACACCCGUCUGAAGAGUCGUCUGCAGGCAGCCGAGGCCGAGGUGGGGCAGCGGCAGGCCAGCGGUGCAGAGCAGGACUACGAGGAGGUCAUCCAGCUGCUGGAGGCUGAGAUCAGAGACCUGAAGAACCAGCUGGCCAGUAAAAGGCAAACACGAGGAGCGGAGGCAACCAAGGAGGAGGUGCAUGAGCUGAACAGGAGGCUGACAACCAUCGACUGCCAGCUGAGGAAGUCUGAGCUGAGCAGGAAACACCUGGAGAUCUCCAACAAGAAACUCCUGGGCUUUGCACAGAACGUCCACAAAGUGCUGACAACAACCAGCCUGUUUGGAGAAGGCGGGAGCAACAGGUCGUCUCCAGCCACUGAUAGCCCAGACACCCCGUCACCACUUCCUGAUCCCACUUUCCAACUGGCUGUUGAGGCCAAAGAGCUGGUGGCAGGAGUCUGCAACCUCUCCACUGAUGACAAAGCAUCAGAGAGUGUGCUGGAGGCAGCAUCAGUCCCAGAUGUCAGCCCUCAUCAUCUGUGAACAACAAAGAGCCAGAGAGGACUGUGGGUGGGACCUGGGCGGGCUGAAAAGGCCAAAUGAGCAGCUGAACCCAUGACGGACUACACCAUAGCCAAGUAGACAGGACACCAUUCAGUACACCUUCUCAAAACAAUGACGUCACUUCAAUGAAUUCAGAUCUAAAAUUGAACACGACACAGCCAGUGUUUUAAUGCCAAAGCGCGGUCGCACACAUCAAAUUAGUGUCUUCGUUUGAAACAUUCGACAGUCACAGAGUUACGGAGGGUUCAGCAGUGGGAUGUGUUGGACUCAGCCGUGACCCGAGGACUCUCAUCAUUCGGCGAUAAUACAUGUACAGAAGUCUCUAUGAGAAGUGUUCUGCCAAAUAAAAAAGUCUGCUGGAGUUUUCUUUUGUGUUACCCUGACAGCAGGUGGUGCUGGAGGAGCUGCAUGACCGAAUCCACAACACUCACAUGCUGCUGUAAAACCUUGUUAAUACUCCUCUCUGACCUCUUUUCUACCCCCUCCCCACCGCACUCACACACAUAGAUCCACUCCAUGGAUUGCAUGUCAAGGAAGACUUGUUUGCCUAUGAAGAACAAUCCAGAGCUGGUCUGUUCUUCCUCUGUGUCAUAACAUGCUGCCAUCUGCCCCCCCGUCACAUGCCGUCGCUUGUUCAAUCCACUGCAAAGGAACAGUGAAGCAAAAAGUCGAGAAAAAAAAGCAACAUUUUCCCCUUCUUCCAUCUUGCUAACUCUCCUUGUGCUCUUAUUCAUUAAUAGAAGGCUAAGAAAGAAAUAUUCAGACAUGUCGGACUGAAGCAGUGUUUGUCACAUGUGGCUUCAUCACUGCAUGGUUCCUGUUUGUGUCGCCUGCAUCUAGGAGUGGCUUUAAUGUUGCUGUAGCUCCUGCUGUGUAAACUUGUGUUUGAUAGUCACAGAGUCUAGGUCAGACAUCAGACAUAGGCUACAUGUGGAACAUCCAUUUUAUUUAUACGGACAGCUGCAGAUGCUUUUAAAGAUACUGACACGUCCUGUACAUCAUUGGUGUGGCCUCAUAUCUUUCUGUUACUGUUUUAUAUUAAAGAAUAACUUAUGACUGGAUUCAGUGUUUAUUGCAUUUUAUUUCGACUACUGACAGUGUCUUUACAUGUGAAAAUAUAUUUUCAUGAAUGUGAAUUCACUUCCAGAAAUCUCAGUGUCAUCACACACAGAGAGCAUCCCACACAAAUAUAGAGAGCCAUAGAUAAGUAAUAAACUAAUUAAAAUAGAUAACCAAACUCAAAAAAACAUUUCUUAGGAAGAACUGGAGACCAAGGAGGAUUCUCUGUCUUAAUACUCACAUGUCCACAUGUGCACUGAAAGCUCUGGUCACCUUACUGUCCAUACUGACGUACUCAAACAAUUCAAGCGAUGAGACACAAAAUAAACCGUGCUCGUUCUGAAAAGACUAAUGAGGCUUCAGCAGUUGAGGGGAUCUUCCCAUCAUCUGCAAGCAGUAAAUUCACUGAUUCUGUUACUGUUCCUCCAUAGAAGAGUUUUUAAGAUAUGAGUUUUAAUAAUCUAACACAGACCGCUGAGGUUUCACAAUGUUAAGUGACCAACUGUAGUGUUCAUGUGGGAAUGCGAGUACCGUUUAAAGACACUAAAUCCAUUCUAACAGCAUUCAGCUAUGAAAAAAA